AUGCAAAUAAUACAAAAUCCCACAAGUGAACCAAAUAAAUAUCUCAAGCCCUUAGAUAUUGUAAAAGUAAAAAAAACCGCAUUAGGAAAUGAAUAUUAUCAUUUCGGUAAUCCAGAAGUGGCUAAAAUACGUCCCCUUAUUCCUUUUAAAUAUUACAAGAAAGUUGCUGAAGGUAUUGCCUGGGAUGAAGCAAACAAUUUUGGAUUAAGAAGAUAUUGUUUAGCCAAUAACAAUUGUGAGCAUUAUGUUUUCUCUCGCAUUUUUGGUUUGAGUUAUUCCAAGCAAGUAGAAGAAAGACCUAGUAAGUCUCGUGAUAAUGCCCAUCGCCAAGGGGUUUUUGAUUAUGAUUCAAAAUGUUAUGAAUGUAGGCAAGGAAGAAUUAAUGGUGGAGAAAGCGGAAAUUUUGUUUUAAAUGAUCAAUUGAGAGGAAUGCUCCAGGGAACACAUAAUAAUCGUUCCCAAGAAAUAGAAAACCAAUAUUUGCAAGAAAUUCCACCUAAACUAGAAUGCAAGAUAAUGUA